AUGGUCAAGCUAGAAGACAUCGACCCCUCCCUCCUGCCCCCGAACCUCACCCCGACCGAGCUCGAGAACUUGAUCGCGGCGUAUUAUUACUCGUGCGAUUUCGUGUCGCCUACCUGCCCUGUUACCGCCACUACGCUGGGGUAUUACCCCAACAGGGGGAUUAAUAUUUUUUUGUCUGUCGGUUUUGGGAUUGCUCUUUUGGCGACGGUGCACCAUGGGGUCAGAACAAAAACGUUGACGUACUCUGGUUUUGUCGCGGCCGGGUGCGCGCUUGAGCUCGCAGGGUACAUUUCGCGCAUCCCGCUAGCGUCCAACCCCUGGAACAAGAAAGCGUUCGAGACGCAGAUCGUGGCUAUUAUUCUUGCGCCGACGUUGCUGUGUAUUUCGGUUUAUUUGACACUGAAGCAUGUGUGUUUAUCACUCAAUCCGGGGCUGAGUAGAGUCAAGCCGAGGUUAUACCCGUUUAUAUUUGUGCCGUUGGAUAUUAGUUGUUUGAUGGUGCAGGCUAUCGGGGGGGCGCUGGCGGCGGGGGGUGCGGUGAGUAAUAUACGACUGGUUGAGCAUGGGAAUAGGGCGAUUAUUGCGGGUAUUGUGUUGCAGGUUGUGGUUUUGGGGGGGUUUGGGGGGGUGGGGGGGGAGUUUUUGUAUAGGGUUGGGAAGUGGAUCAAGACUGGGGAGGCUGGGGAAGAGGUGGUGAGGUUGUGGAAUGAUAGGGGGUUCAGGAGGUUUGGGUAUGCGGUUUUGGGGGCGUAUGUGGCUAUUUUGUUGAGGUGUAUUUACCGGAUAGCAGAGAUGGCUGGCGGCUGGGGGAAUCACAUCAUGCAGGAUGAAUGGUCGUUUGUGGUGUUGGAGGGAAUAAUGGUCCUUAUCGCGUGUUUACUCCUCGCCUUCUUCCCUCCUGGGGUGUUGUUCCCAGAGAUGGCUGCGAGGAUGGCAGCAGGUAGGAAGUCUGCCAAGGGCGACGUUGAGGGACAGACACAGACGGGAACUUCAACGGUUGAGAAAGGAGUUGUUGGUGGAAAUGUUGCCGAGACGUCAACUGGGACAGAGUCAGAAAAGGAAAAGGCAGUGCCCGUGUCAUCGACGGCUGUGAAGAAGGAGGAGUCGAUUUAG